AUGGAUAAUCUCGAUGAUACAUGGGGUGAUACUGUUCCAGCGGAUGAAGAACUCCAUGCAAUGAAGAAGUUCCCCGCGAAGAAUGAUAAUGAUGAGAAUGAUGGUGAUGAUGAUGAUGAUGAUGCGGGGUUAGAAGAAGAAGAAGAAGCAGGGUUUGAUGAAGAAGCAGAAGCAGAAGCAGAAGCAGAAGAAGAAGAAGAAGAAGAAGAAGAAGAAGCAGAAGAAGAAGCAGAAGAAGAUGAAGAAGAAGAAGAUGAUGCAGGGUUUGAUGAUGAAGAAUGA